GCGAGUUGGUGAAGCCUCUAAUUUAUCCACUGUUUCUCUCUCUCCCUUCCCGCAUCUUUUGGAUGAAGAACAGAGGGAAUUCAAGUGGGCAACGAAUUUGAGCGCUCUCUGAACGUCCUUUACUGGUUAAUCCUGUGGCUCGUUGAGAACAUCGCCUGACCUUCUUUGCAAAGGACUUCCCACCUCCCAAUUCAAUCUUUCCGUGUCUUGAAGAUAAUGAGGAAGAUGCCAAUAAGAAUUUCACGAUGAAUGGAAGCAACUUCCAGUUGAAGUCCAUGAGCUCAGCGUCUCUACUUAAAUUUAGACAGGAGUAAUUUUGGUGACUACACUUUCAAACACACGUAUCCCACUUUGCUCCCCUGCCAACGUCAUGUACUGCAUUUAUUGAAGAAAUAGUGAGACUAUUAACUUUUUUGGAAAGGAUUUCAGUCUGAGCAUGAAUAUUCAGUGGACAUCAGAUGACAGUGUAACCAAAAUGAAGAGUCAGUAUCUCCUGGUCUCUGAUGAGAACUAUUUGACUAGUUAUUCAUCCGUUCAGCCUUCUCUGGUUCAUGGAAAUUCACAGGGCCAUUAUGAUGUUUCAUCUCAUGAAGAUGCCAUCUCAUACUGCAUGCCUAAUGGUUCUCCUGGUCCAAACUGCUCUGAUGAGAUUCAAGGAGCGAACUGUACUGCUUGUACAUCUCAAUUGAAUUAUUGCACUCUUGACUCAUCAUUGUCUGCUCGGGGGGUGCAAUCUUUUUACAGUUCUCCUUCAACACACAGUUAUUCAAGUGGGAGCCCUGUUUCACAGCAGGAUUCUGGCCAGCAUUUACAUCAUUCCCCUGAUAACACCUAUGGCUCUACUAUGGGCUAUUCUUGCUUAACCAAUGAGGAAACCAACUUGAGACAUAAAUUACAAGAAUUGGAAAGAAUGAUGCUUGGCCCUGAUUUAGAAUACAGAGAUAAUUCUGGUACUAUGCAUGACCAUGGAAUGUUUGGACCGGAUACAUGGAGACAGAUGUUGGAGAUUCAGAAAGGUGGUAUGAUGCAGGUCCUGAUUGCAUGUGCCAAUGCUGUUGCUGAUGACAAUCUCAUGUUAGCCGAGUGGUUAAUCAAUGAAUUGAAGCAGAUGGUAUCAGUUUCAGGCGAACCAAUGCAGAGAGUAGCUGCUUACAUGUUAGAAGGCUUAAUUGCAAGGCUUGCAUCAUCAGGUAGUACUAUCUAUAAAUCUCUCAGAUGCAAGGAGCCAACAAGUUCUGACCUUCUCUCUUACAUGCAUACCCUAUAUGAAGUAUGUCCCUACUUCAAAUUUGCUUACAUGUCCGCAAAUGGUGCAAUAGCUGAAGCAUUAAAGGGUGAAGUAAAGGUCCACAUCAUUGAUUUCCAGAUUGCACAGGGCAGCCAGUGGAUCACCCUUAUUCAGGCUCUUGCUGCUAGGCCAGGUGGGCCACCACAUGUUCGCAUAACAGGUAUUGAUGAUGCGCAGUCAGCACAUGCCCGGGGUGGAGGAUUGCAAUUAGUGGGGAAGAGGCUGUUGGCGGUUGCUAAGUCAUGCAAUGUGCCAUUUGAGUUCAAUCCUGCUGCAAUAUCUGGAUGUGAUGUCGAAUUGGAAAUGCUUGAGGUUCGUCCAGACGAAGCAUUAGCUGUGAACUUCCCAUACCAACUUCAUCACAUGCCGGAUGAGAGUGUCAGCACAUGCAAUCACAGAGACAGGCUUCUGCGCUUGGUUAAAAGUUUAUCACCAAAGGUGGUUACUCUGGUGGAACAAGAAUGUAACACCAAUACUGCACCUUUCUUCCCCAGAUUCAUGGAGACCCUAAAUUAUUACACUGCCAUGUUUGAGUCGAUUGAUGUGACUCUACCAAGGACUGACAAGAAGCGCAUUAGUACUGAGCAGCAUUGUGUGGCACGUGACAUAGUGAACAUAAUUGCUUGCGAGGGUGCAGAGAGAGUAGAAAGGCAUGAGCUCCUUGAUAAGUGGCGGGCACGCUUAUCAAUGGCUGGGUUUAGGCCCUAUCCACUAAGUUCGUUGGUUAAUUCCACCAUCAAAACAUUACUGCAGAGUUACUGCGAGCACUAUACACUAGAAGAAAGAGAUGGUGCAUUGUACCUUGGCUGGAAGAAUAGAAACUUGGUGACCUCUUCUGCCUGGUGGUAGAAGUUCACGCAAUUCAUACCCUUAGUGUGUACUUAGGGUCAAGUAACCAUUCUCUUUCUGCUGGUCAGCAAAUCCAUUCUUUAGUUUUCUCUAGGUGACUUUGCUCUUCUUUCACAUAACGCGUCUGUUGAACUGGUCUUUGAGCUGGAAUUACCUUUGGAUUAGAUUGCAGAGUGACUGGAGUUGGUACUCUGGUACACGCAGCACGCUCGUGUCUAAGUUCAGAACGUUAAUAUCACAGAGUCAUCUUUGCAUGAUUGCCUGAUUUUCCACACUAUGCCUCUGUAGUUGGUCCAGGACAUACAGUAAUUUCAAGCUCCUUUUCCAUUGCAUGAAUAGGUAAGUUUGCAAACAAAUGUACGGGCACUUGUGGAGAUAUGCUUCAUACGCUUGCAUGCUUCUCCAGAUUCUGCUGUUACUAUAUUAUGGAUUAUAGAAUAUGCACACAAGUAGAAACAGCCGGUCUUCUUAACUGUAGGCUUUCUCUGUUGUAUGGGCUUAUUGAAGAGCUGAAUGUACUUGUAAAUAUAGCUGAUGAACAAGCCUCUAAUUUAAGGAUAUUAUUGAUAAUGCUUAAGAAAUAGGUGGAAGAUCUGGGAAGGUAAA